AUGCCAUCUUCAGGUAAAAGAGACGGAGGGAGGAGUUUAACUCCAAAGGAAAGACCAACAAACGCCGUCAAAACUCGCCCUUCAAAUUCUAACAGUGGAGAACAAUCCGCAUUACAAAAACUUUCCUCCAAUGAUCAAGUCAAGAAAAGUGAAGACAGUAAAAACAAGGGGUCUUCAUCAUCAGGAACAAAUGAGAUUUCAAAAGAAGAGUCUUUGAAAAAGCUAGAGGAUCAGAUAAAAGAUACUGAUGUCAUGAUAAAUAAAUUUAAUAGAUGGGUUGAAAGGGAUCCUAAAGCCGUAAAGGAUGUUGAGGAUGCUAUGGCUUUACGGCAGGGGCUUAGGAUAGCAAAGAGACAUCUAGAAAAACAGAUAAUGGCAAAAGAGAAGUUUCAAGAGUUAACAAAGACAAAAAAGUUUGAGGAAGAUAUAAAAACUUAUAGAGAGACCCUUCAAAAAGUGUAA